GAAGCUUUUUCAGCGGAUGCUGAUGGAUGAAAAAUGGAUGGCGUGUUGCUCAUUCAUCACACGCCUUUUCAGCAAUGGAACCGCAUGAAUAUAUCAGCGUCUGAAUACAAGGGCUAACACAGCAAUGUGACAGAAGGAUUGGUAGAUCUGCAGCCCCGCCCGUGGUUCUGUCCCAGAAUGCUGAGUCCAGUUCUCUGUUCAGACCUCGCGGUCUUGGAGCCAGACUACACAGAGGCUGAUGUCAUCUCUACGGUGGAAUUCAACCAGACAGGAGAGUUCUUGGCCACAGGAGAUAAGGGUGGGAGGGUUGUCAUCUUCCAGAGAGAACCACAGGGUGAAUAUAAUGUUUAUAGUACAUUUCAGAGUCAUGAACCCGAGUUUGAUUACUUGAAAAGUUUGGAGAUUGAGGAGAAAAUAAAUAAGAUUCGUUGGCUGCCUCCACACAACCCCGCCCACUUCCUCCUCUCCACCAAUGAUAAGACCAUAAAGCUGUGGAAGGUGAGUGAGAGAGACAAGCGAGCAGAAGGUUACAAUCUCAGAGAUGAGGAGGGAAGACUGAAAGAUCUGUCUACUAUCACCACUCUACAGGUUCCUGUCCUGCGGCCGAUGGAUCUGCUGGUGGAAGCGACGCCGCGGCGAGUUUUUGCAAACGCACACGCGUAUCACAUCAACUCCAUCAGCAUCAACAGCGACUGUGAGACGUACCUGUCCGCCGAUGACCUGAGGAUCAACCUGUGGCACCUCAGCAUCACUGACCGCAGCUUCAAUAUUGUAGAUCUGAAGCCAGAAAACAUGGAGGAUUUGAGCGAGGUGAUCACAGUGGCAGAAUUUCACCCUCUCCACUGCCACCUGCUGGCCUUCGGCAGCAGCACAGGAACCACGCGCCUCUGUGACAUGAGAGCACGCGCUCUCUGUGACCAACAUGCCAAAUUGUUUGAAGAGGCCGUGGAUCCAUCUCGGCGAUCGUUCCUCUCAGAGAUUGUUUCUUCGGUGUCAGACAUAAAGUUUAGUCACAGUGGUCGCUACCUGCUCACCCGAGAUUACCUCACCGUUAAAGUCUGGGACAUCAACAUGGAAAAUAAACCAGUGGAAACAUACCAGGUCCACGACUACUUGCAAAGCAAACUGUGCUCUUUAUAUGAGAGCGACUGUAUUUUUGACAAGUUUGAAUGUGCUUGGAACGGAACAGACAGCGUUAUAAUGACCGGGGCUUACAACAACUACUUCCGAAUGUUUGAUCGAGCGAGCCGACGCGAUGUGACUCUGGAGGCCAGCCGGGAGCUGUGUAAGCGCAGGGCGGUCCUGCAGCCACGACGGGUGUGUGUGGGGAGGAAGAGGAAAGAGACAGACGUCAGCGUGGACAGUCUGGACUUCCGCAAGAAAAUCCUCCACACCGCCUGGCACCCCAAAGACAACAUCAUCGCCAUCGCUGCCAGCAACAACCUCUAUAUUUUUCAGGACAGAAUGCCGGCCCAUGGUCAUCACCAUGCACAACAAAUACAAAGCGCGCCUCCCGAAUGAGACGCUUGGACCAAUCUUCUGUAAUGUUACACUUGUUUGCCCUUUAACAUCACAUUUCUCGUCUGGAUUCAGUGAUGCGAGCCUCAGAACAAUCAUACAAACUAUGAUAUGUAUACAAGCUUCACAAUAAGAACAAUGGUCCUGAAUGAGAAUGUAUCGCAUGGCAUGCAGUAUGAACAUUCUGAGAAGGAAGGUUCGGCUGCUCUGAAGCGUUCAGAUCGCACAUGCAUGUUUACAGAGCUAUUAGCUUCUUAACAGGGCUCCAUUUACUAUAGGAUGAUUGUGAUGAAUCCGAGCCUGUCCAAUGCUUUAUAGCGCUCUGCUUGUACAUAAUUAUGUUCUGUUCUUCUCAGGCUGGAAUUUUCAUGGGUUUGACAGACUGCUCAGGGACACUCAUGGCCUCUUUAUAUGUUUAAAGGCAACACUUACAAUAUGAAAUCCAGAAGCAGGGGACAGAAUGCAGGAAUUAUGGGAGACUGCUGAAAGGAAAACAGCAUGUGCAGGGAUCAGUUUUUAAUGCCGAGUCAUCACACCUCAAUAACAACAAAAACAUUCCCGAUUCAGGCGUAUGCUUCCUAGCACACUGAUACGACUGUUUUUGUUUUCCCAAAAUGGAUCAUUUACUCACCUUCAUGUCGUUCCAAACUAAUACGGCUUUCUUGUGUUAAACCCAAUAAGGAGAUAUCUUGAAGAAAGUAGACUCUGCUUCUUUGUAUUGAAUAAAAGCAGCAGUGAUCAAGGCUUGUCAAGCUUCCAAAAGAACAAUUAAUCACCAAAAAAAUUAAUUGAUAUAGUGAUUGCUAUUCCAAGCCAUACAAUUUUCUGUGUGCAAAGAACAGACUGAAGUUCAAGUUGUUUUGACAUAAUCUGAGAAGAACACGUGUCAUGAUCCCAAUAUACCAGUGGAAAAAAACUGUUAUAUUAGUAACUGAAUUUGGUAUAAAGUUAAUAUAACUUUGCCAUAAAAGCUUUGUGUUAUUGGCCAAAAAACACAAACAAACAUCUAAAAAUGUUUACAUCUGUGUAUAUCAGUAUAUACAACAUAUUUUUUAGGUUCUACAGAUAUCACGAUAAUAUUGUUAUCAUUAACUAUUUUGGGCUUGAUACUUGUGUAGUGAAAAUCUGACAUUGUCACGGCUAAUAUUUAGAAACAAAGGCAAUUUGUCAUUCAAGUCAAGCUAAGAAAAAUGAAUAUCCUAAAAGUUUAAAUAUGGAAAACAAACAAAUGAAAAUAAUUUUCUGUAAAUAAUUUCAUUGUUCUUAACUGAAGCUACUACAUGGCUUUAGAUAACCUUUGUUUGGGACUUUUCAAAGGGGUAGUUCACCCAAAACACAAAAGUCUGUCAUCUUUUACUGACCUUGGAGUUGUUCCAAAUCUUUAUACAUUUCUUUGUUCUGAUGAACAGAGAAAGAUAUUUGGAAGAAUGCUCAUAAACAAACAGUUCUUGGCCACCAUUGACUACCAUUAGUAGGAAAAAUAAAUUGGAUUUUUUUUUGCUCUGCUGUACACAAAAUAGGAUAUUUUGAAGAACUAAUAUUGUCAUUUUUCCAACUAUGGUACUCAAUGGGGUCCAAAAAUAGUUUGGAUACAAGCAUCCGUCCAAAUAUCCUCCUCUGUUAUCACUCAAACAAAGACAUUUAUACAGGUUUGGAACAACAAGACAGUGAGUUAUUCAUGACAGAAUUUUCUUUUUCGGGUUAACUAUCACUUCAAGGACCUUUUUGGCACUUUCAUAGUGAUUUAUUGUCCUGUUCAGAACUUGGCAACCCAUGGUCUGUAUGCUCAAAAGCACGGUCUUUAAAACCUCUUUUCCAUUUCACAGAAGAGUUAAGACGGAGGUUAAGCAUAUGGGUUUAAAACAACACGAGGGAGAGUACACGGUGAGAGAAUUUCCAUUUCUGGGUGAACUAUCCCUUCAUUUAGAUUCUCAAAGUCCAGCUUUAAGGUAAAAUACCAAUUGUCCUGUAUCAGAUAUUUUCAG